AUGCCUUCGAAUGUCGCAGAAAAGCAAGCGACCGGCUCCGUAGAGCGUGAGCCGAGCUCGCCCCAACUUCCACUGACGGACCCAUUAGAUGCAGGAAGUACGUUCUUCGAUGAGUUUGAUUACUUCACCGGCUACGAUCCGACGCAUGGUUUCGUCCACUAUGUCGAUUCUGAAGGGUCGAAACUGCACAACCUUACUGAAAAUAUAUCCUCGGCUCCUCCGAACUCGCUUUCGAAGAAUGGAACGGUCAUCCUCCGCGUAGACGCGGAAGAUAAGAAUGCAACCACCGGCCGACGGAGUGUUCGCAUCACUUCCAGGAAAACAUACGAUACAGGCCUUUUCAUCUUUGACGUUGUACACUCGCCAUAUGGAUGCGCGACUUGGCCUGCUAUAUGGUUGACUGACACCUACAACUGGCCAGACCACGGAGAAAUUGACGUUGUAGAAUCCGUCAACAUGGGCGAUACGGGUAAUCAGAUGACGCUACACACAACGGACGGCUGCAAGAUUGGCAACCACAGGCGCAGAAAGCAGACGGGCGAAAUUCUGGCAAACGACUGUCAUAACACAACUAACUACAACGUCGGCUGCGGCGUAACCGGUCCCACCUACUCGUUCGGUGAAGCGUUCAACAACAUCGGAGGAGGGGUGUACGCGCUCGAGUUGCGCUCUGAAGGCAUUCGCGUGUGGUUUUUCAAUCGCACUUCGACCCCAUCAGACAUCACUGAGCAGAAGCCUGAUCCGUCGACGUGGGGUGAAGCCCUCGCUGACUUUCCAAACCUUGAAUGCGACAUUGGAAGCCAUUUUGGGAAUCUGUCAAUUAUUGCAAACAUCGGUCUUUGUGGUGACUGGGCAGGACAGAAGACUAUUUUCAAUAGCAACCCGCUGUGUACAGGGACGUGUAGUGAUUAUGUGGCGAACCGGUCGACAGAGUUCGAGAAAGCCUAUUGGGAGUUUGGCGGGUUUUGGGUCUAUCAGUAA